GGAGCGUCGGCGCUGUUCGACAUGAUCGAGUACUACGAGUCGGCCACGCACCUCAACAUCUCCUGCAACAAACACAUCGGGCCCCGCGGCUGGCAGGCGGCUGCUCACAUGAUGAGGAAGACGAGCUGCCUGCAGUGCCUGGAGGCUCGGAACACGCCCCUGCCCGACAGCGCCGCUCCCUUCGUGGCGCGGGCCCUGCGCAUCAGCAGCAGCCUGGCCGUGCUGCACCUGGAGAGCGCCGCCCUCUCCGGCCGGCCCCUCAUGCUCCUCGGUGAGUCCCGGAAUUCCUGGAUCAUCCUGGGAUCCAGGGGAACGUGGGAACACCUUCCUGAGUCAGCAGGGAUGG